GAGAGCAGAAUCUUUCAAAACAGUUGCCCAGCAAAGGAAUAAUGCUUGGAUGGCCGAUGUUCAAUGCAAAGGGAAUGAAUUGGAUAUAUUUCAUUGUAAUCACUCAACACUGAUACAACAAGAAUGUAGUCAAAACUAUUACGCAGCAGUCAAUUGUACACAAGGAAAAGUAAAACUGGUUAGUGGUCAGACACCAACGGAAGGUCUAGUGAAGGUUUUCUAUAACGGUUCAUGGGGAACGGUUUGCAACGACGAAUGGGAUGAUAGAGAUGCUGCUGUCGUUUGUUUCAUGCUGGGAUUCUCAAGGCAAAAUGCUACAGCACUUACCUCUUCUGUAUUUGGGUACGAAACUGGAAGGAUCUUGAUGAAUAAUGUCAUGUGUAAUGGUGAUGAAGAAGAUUUAUUUCAAUGUAACAAUUCACUUUCGGAAUUCAUAAACUGUGACCACAGAAAAGACGCUGGAGUAGUUUGUUCAGCAGAUUUAGAAGAGGAUUCGAUAAAUUCUGAUGAAAAUUCUGUUUUUAAAGAUGAAGAUGUUACACGCAUCAUAGUAGUCUUAGCUUCUGUGGUGGGAGUCGCGGUGUUCGUUGUUUGUUUAAUCAUAAUAGCUUCCAAAGGAAGGCGAAACAAAAGCAGACGAAAUCCUGAGGCAAAUGUAACAAAUGGUGAUGGUCUCGAAAAUCCCUCUUACAAUAUCCCCCUUUAUGGGAACAUUGAUAAUUCAGAGCAAAAUAAAGUAGGUACUAUUUACUCGAAAACAAGAUAUUGUAUUAAUUUUGCUAUGUGUAAUAUUUUAUACAAAUACAGCCCUUUCAUGAGGUCGAUCCAUAGAUAUAUCGUCUUCACAGAAAAGUAUAUCUGCGAGGUCGGUAUGCUUUUUUGUGAAGACGAAAUAUCUGUGAAUUGACCGACCGAAAGAGUUACUUUUGUUAAAUUGUC